AUGGUCCGGAUCAAGUUUACUGGGCCGCCGCCAGCGACGGCUCAUUCACAACAAUCGCGUGCGCGUAGCGACCUGCCAACAGAAGUUACAACUCCUGCGACAGCCGGAACACAAAAUACUCUUAAUGGCGACUUGGUUUCGAGCGCGGAUCACAGCCGUCGGGAGAAGCAGCAGAGUCUGGAGAUGGUGAAGAUUAUGCUACAUGUGACUUUCGGAACUUUAUUCUAUCUUCGGGAGUUCUUGCCCCUGCCGUGUUUCGAUGAUCGCGAUCUCAAGGAAGCCCAGAGGCAAAAGAAGUUUUCGUACCGCGAGUUCAUCGACAGCAAUACGAAUCCCAGCUUAUCCAAAGGGAGCCCUAAUGUAGCUUCUGGUCAAGGCAAGAGAGGCCAGCCACUGAAGGUCAUCCUUCGCGGUUCCGACCCGAAGGCGGAUAUGAUUGUCGAUGAAACGGGUAUAUUUGAUGCUCUGAGCAAGAGUGUCUUGGAAGCGAUCCAACUCACUGUUGUUGCCGACAAAGCAGAGCCGGACAACGUCCUCGAAUCAUAUACCUUCACUUUCAAGUACACCGGCGGUGCAGGCCAGCUAAACAGUCGCCUGGAGAGCCUAUCAAUAGAGCCCGUUGGCUAUGUAGCUGAUAUCAAGUCUGCUCAAACAGCACGUAUGGGCCUCGAGAGCAUUGUCAGGCGUUUGAUAACGCUAAGUGCCUUUCUUCCUACUCUUCCAAACAAACGUGCCCUUGGAAUUCAUCUCUUUUACACUGAAGACUGUCCUCCUGAGUAUGAGCCUCCUGGAUUCGCUGGGGCGAGAGAUGGAACCAUCAACUAUCCCUUGACCGAGAACUGGCAGAAGGAAUCGCAAGCCUGUGGAACAAUGGACAGUGGAUGGCAUACUGUCGGACUCAAAGUUACUUCUCUCAAAUGGGUUGGCCCGGAGCCAGAAUCCAUACCGCAGAUACCGGCGCAAAUUGAAUAUAAAGAUACAGUGCCGCGAAUCGCAGAUAUCGGAUUCGAGGAUGAAGGAAGCAAACUGAUCAGCGAACAGCCCCGAGCAGAGAGCCUCCAAAAAGAGACGCAGGAAGCCACGCAAGAUGCUAUUGAACGAGAAAGAUUGAAGCAGAUGAUGCCAUCUCAAGAACUGCCUCUCUCGGAACCUGACAAUGACGUGGUUGCCACACAACCAGCCAAGUCGAUACAGCCGUCAGAACCUGAGAAGACAGAAACCCCAGCCGUAAAAGAGAAGCCCCGUCUAUCUGAAGCAAAGAUAGCAGAAAUCAGGAGACGUCUGGCUUCACAGAGCGCUGAGGAUGUGCAGAUCCCGGGGACUGUCCAAUGCGAGUGCGACUGGGACGAAGAAGAGAAACCGAUGCUCGAAUGCAAUUUCUGUCGUACGCGACAGCACCCUCUCUGCUAUGGCUACGACGACGCCGCUGGCUUUAGUGUUCCCGACAUCCACGCUUGCUAUAAAUGCCUUCUUGGACCUGACGAGGCGCGUAUCUUUGACCAGGUGAAGGAGAUAAUGGUUGCUCGACGCGCACUACGAAUCAUCUUGGACGAUGGAUACCCAGUCAAGACUUCGACACUGACUGAAAAAUUGCACUCAAGCGGCGACCGGAUAACAAGCAUUCUAGCAAAGGAGGGAUUCUUAGAAUCCACCCCUGGCAGCAAAGUUAAGGGCUUCGGGAAUUCAGGCCUGCCGAGAUUUAGGAUUCCCCUAUCAGAAAACAUUCACGAGAGAAUCCGAACGGAAAUCAUGGACCCGAGGGUGAAAAUCCGUCAUCAUUUCGCAGGCCAAAACGCCGAUAAUGCUCUCGUAAUCCGCAGCCCACCAGCGAGCAGCGAAGCCGACGGCGCGAGCAAACUGGCUUCCCAAUCUCAAUCUCAGGCCAAAGCCACACCGGGAAGCGCCAAGGCAGAGACGCCUGCAGAGACACCACAGCAGCACCCGCACAAUCUAAGGCGCAAGUCUAUGCGAUCGAACCCACUGAGCGUCACUGAUAGUGAGAUUGCCGACCGACGCGACGUCGUCCCAGCAACACCCCAGUCUUCUCAACUGGACACGCCAAGAUCAACCCGCAAGCGAACUAGAUCUUCACAGCUUGGCCCGGAGCCUGUUUCCGUGACCCCGUCUCAGUCAACGCCCGGCCAGGACGAAGAAGGGCUUCGACGCAGCGGGAGAAAACGACGCAAGAUCAGUAACUAUAACAAGCUUAUCGAUGUCGGGGCGCUAUCGAGUGGCGACGAGAAGGCCUAA